AUGGAUACAAGCAUGCUUCCUUUUCAAUUUCUGAAACUCACCAAAGAGAACUAUGAUAAUUGGAGUAUUCGCAUGAAAGAAAUGCUAGGAUCACAAGCUGUAUGGGAUGUUGUUGAGAAAAGUUUUGAACAACCUGAUAAUGAACAUGCUUUAUCUCAAACACAGAAGGAUGAUUUGCCAACUGAAAAGUCAAAGGAUUUGAAUUCUUUAUCUAUUGAUGAGUUGAUGGAUAUAUUGCAUGUCCAUGAAGAAUGCAUGAUAGAGAAACAAUCUCAGUCUGAACAAGUUCUCUUGUCAAAAUUAUCCUUAAAAGACAAAGAUGAAGACAAGGAUGUUAAUCAAGAAGGAAGAAAAAGAGGAAAAGGUAGAAUGUAUGUUCGUGGCCGUGGCAACUACUUUGUUGAAUGUAAAAGCAAAGUUAUAGAGGAAGACAAGGUCUACUGUGUAGAGGCUAAAGAUGAAGAAGAAUAUGUUUUCUUGUUAACUCACAGUGAAGAAAAGAAUCAAGAAGCAUGGUUCCUAGAUACCGGUGUAAGUAAUCAUAUGACAGGUCAAAAGGAUUUAUUUGUGUCUUUAGAUGAAUCUUCUGAAAGAAAUAUUUCUUUUGGAGUUGAAAGAAAACUACAAGUUAAAGGAAUAGGUAACAUUCUGAUUUUGGCCAAAAAUGGAUCUCAUCAGGUUAUUUCUCAUGUAUACUAUGUGCCUACAUUAAAAGCAAAUAUUUUGAGUUUGGGUCAACUUCUUGAGAAAGGAUAUGACAUCAGACUAAAGGAUAGUGGAAUGACAAUUAGAAACAGCAGAGAUCAAUUGAUUGCAAGGGUAGAACUGUCAAAGAGAAUGUUUUGCUCAAACUUCAGAUUGAUAGUGCCAAAUGAUUGA